AUGGAUCAGCACGAGGACAACCAUGGGGCUGCUAACAAUGGUCAAGCAAGGGAGAAGAAGAACAAGAGCAAAGCAGGCUCCUACGCCUCCUGCCUGCCGGACCUGAGCUGCCUCCGCAACCGGCAGGUGGCGGCAUCCGGCGGGUUGGCGCGCCGUGCCACGUCCAUCCGCUCCGACCGUGGCGGCUUCAUCACCAUCGAGAACUCGGUGGCCGAAAUGGACGGCGGCGGCGGGGCCGGGGCGGCCUUCGGCGUGGCGGAGGACGUGGACGAGGAGGAAGGCGCGGGGUUCAUCACGAUGGAGAAGAGCAGGGUGUCGUCGAGGUCGUCGAGCCGGCCGCUGCCACCGGGCACGGUGGACGAGGAGGAGGAGGAGAAGGCGUGCCUGUUGAUGGAGCUGUCGUCGGAGGAGGCGGCGUCGGCGGCGGACGUGGAGAAGGUGGAGGACGAGUUCCUGGCGAUGCUGGAGGACAGGUACUGGGCCAGGAGCAAGGAGAUCGAGAAGGGGCUGGGCGUGAGCCUGGAUAUCGGGCUGGACCUGAGCCUGGACCUGGACUCGCUCAUCAAGGACGCCGAGAUGGAGCUCGCCAAGGCGGAGCAGGCGUGGAAGAGCAAGGUCGGCGCCGCCAUCGUGGAGGAGGAGGAGUACAAGGAGCUCGUCCGGAGGUGGAGCGCCAGGGAGACCAGCCACCACUCCGCUGCUGCUGCUGCCAGUGGCUGCUCCUGGGGCUUUGGAUUCGGGAGCCCAAUCUGA